CCGCGCGAGGGAGGUUUGUCCCGCUCCGGCCGCCGUCCGCGCCGCUCGCCCUCCCUCUCCGGGCCCGCCAUAUUGUGGCCGCCGCAGCUCAGGAGCCGCCGCCUGAGGAGCCGCGAUGGGCCCCAAGGUAAAAGCCUCCGGCGGUGGUGGAGAGGAGCUGCUGCACCUGGAGCUUCGUCAGUGUGUGAUGUGCUGUCACAUCCCCGGUCUUUGUGUCAAUUAAAUCCUGAAGUCUGAAAGAGUUUAGGACCUUGUGCCAGUGUGGUCCGACACACCUGUCCACCGUUGUAAUAACCCAGCAGGACCUCGGCCAUUGUAGCUUUCACGAAAUAAAACUUCAGCAGCGGUGUCAAGCUUAGCAAGGCUGUCCCCGUGUGGCACGUCCCCAUGGGCAAUAAACCAUGGCGAGUCCUGCGAAGGAUAACUAUCGAAUGAAGAGUUACAAGAACAAAGCCCUAAAUCCUGAGGAAAUGCGUCGGAGAAGAGAAGAGGAAGGGAUUCAGCUGCGCAAACAGAAACGAGAGCAACAGGUAACUGUCAUCUUGACUAGCUUGUGUACAGCCUUAACACAACCAGGAUUGUGCUGCUGCCAAACUGGAAUCUUCAAGGAUCUGUGCAAUAAGCUCUUUAAAAGAAGAAAUGUGGAGUUGAUCAAUGAAGAUGCCUCCAUGUUUGAUAGUCUCCUUGUGGAUUCUUAUGUUAGUUCCACAACAUGUGGGGAGGGAGUGAUCACGAGAGAGAUGGUAGAGAUGCUUUUCUCAGAUGACCCUGAUCUACAGCUAGCAACUACUCAGAAAUUCAGGAAGUUGCUCUCCAAAGAGCCGAAUCCUCCGAUAGAUGAAGUGAUAAACACUCAGGGAGUGGUGGACAGAUUUGUCGAAUUCCUGAAAAGAAGUGAAAAUUGCACGCUACAGUUUGAAGCGGCGUGGGCAUUGACGAAUAUUGCAUCAGGAACUUCUCAACAAACAAAAAUAGUAAUUGAGGCUGGGGCAGUUCCUAUAUUUAUAGAGCUGUUAAACUCUGACUUUGAGGAUGUUCAAGAACAGGCUGUCUGGGCAUUGGGGAACAUUGCUGGAGACAGCUCUGUCUGUAGAGAUUAUGUCCUUAACUGCGCUAUUCUUCCUCCCUUAUUAAUGCUCCUUACGAAGUCCACCAGGUUGACAAUGACACGAAAUGCUGUCUGGGCCUUGUCAAACUUGUGCAGAGGAAAGAGUCCACCACCUGAGUUUGAUAAGGUAUCUCCGUGCCUGCCAGUGUUGUCCCGAUUAUUAUUCAACAGUGACUCUGACUUGCUGGCGGAUGCAUGCUGGGCUCUUUCCUACUUAUCAGAUGGCCCCAAUGAGAAAAUUCAAGCAGUUAUUGACUCGGGAGUGUGUCGGCGACUGGUGGAGCUGUUAAUGCACAACGACUACAAAGUGGCCUCCCCAGCUCUGCGAGCAGUUGGCAACAUCGUGACAGGGGAUGACAUCCAGACCCAGGUGAUUCUGAAUUGUUCAGCUCUGCCUUGUCUCCUUCAUUUAUUAAGUAGCCCCAAGGAGUCAAUCAGGAAAGAAGCCUGCUGGACUAUAUCCAACAUCACAGCGGGAAAUAGAGCACAAAUACAGGCAGUCAUAGAUGCAAACAUUUUCCCUGUACUGAUAGAAAUCUUGCAGAAAGCAGAAUUCCGCACGAGGAAAGAGGCAGCAUGGGCCAUUACAAACGCAACGUCAGGAGGAACUCCCGAACAGAUCAGAUACUUGGUAAACUUGGGUUGUAUCAAGCCUCUUUGUGACCUGCUGACUGUCAUGGACUCCAAGAUUGUUCAGGUGGCAUUGAACGGCCUGGAGAACAUACUGAGGCUUGGAGAGCAGGAGGCCAACCAGAGUGGGACAGGCAUCAACCCGUACUGUAGCCUGAUCGAGGAGGCCUAUGGUUUGGAUAAGAUAGAGUUCCUACAGAGCCACGAGAACCAAGAGAUCUACCAGAAGGCCUUUGACUUGAUUGAGCACUACUUUGGAGUAGAGGAUGACUCCGCUUUAGCUCCCCAGGUAGAUGAGAACCAGCAGCAAUUCAUCUUCCAGCAACCUGAAGCCCCCAUGGAAGGUUUCCAGCUAUAAUGUGCCCGUGGGGUGGGGAGGGGGGGGAAGAACACCACAACCUUGCCAGAAAGCAACUGGGAGCAGCUGAUCAUCCCAUCCCCUCCUCGCAAAUGGAAGGCUGAGCACCCACUCCACCUGUUAGAAAACUCUUCUUCCUUCAAACAACUAGCAACAGUGCUUUGUCCUCAUGAAGAGAAGGGGAUGUUCUUACACUUUUCUUUUUGCUGCUGCAUACGUGUCUUUAAAGCUGGCAUCUGGGUGGAGGAAGGACACUGAGGUAACAGACUGCACCUCUUGGGUUAUAUUUUUCUUUGUGGUGAUCUCUUCCAAAUGUCACUUCUUACCUUGGGUACUUAAUUGAGAUUCCAGCAUCGGGUUGGGUAAGAACACACAUAGAAAGUAAGCAUUCUGACAACAAUAAUUCUGGAAACCUGGGUUGAUCUAUUUAAUUUUUUUUGCACAUGUUACUCUUUAUUAAAGACUCUAAUUUGCCAAGAGCAAAGCUUAGCCCUGGCCUUUCUGCGCCCCUCCUUCAGCGGACAGUCCUGUUGAACCUGGGCCAAGUUCCCCUGAAAUAUACUGUAAAUGGACAGAGAAAUGAGAAGUUCUCCCACUCCUGGGAAUAUUUUUCUGGGGGGAAGGCUUCUUCCCUUUGUCUAGAUUUUUUUUUUUGGUUUUGUUUUGUUUUUUUGAAGAACUGCUAGUGGUAUUUACAAGGAGAAAAUAAAAAAAAAAAAGGCAACAAGACCCCAAAGAUGGUAACUAUGAAGAGGGCAGGAUGCUUGAGUGGUUUUUGAAAUGGGAAGCACAGCUGCUGUUGCACAGGCUUUGUUUGCAAUUGCUACUGACUGACGUCACAGAACUGUUGAAAUGGUGAAAACCCAUCUUCAUCUUUACUUGAAAUAUUGUAUUUUUUUUUUCCAUGAAAACAUGUUUUGACUUCUGGGG